AUGUUUGACCAUCUGAGGAGAAUGUCGCGUUUGGACUUGCUGGGCGCGCGCUAUUACGACAAUACUAACGAUGGUCUCGAUGGGAACAAUGGUGCAACAGAAGCCAUGGGCUUUCAGAACAAUCGUUAUGUUGGAGAUGUUCGCAUGAGCUCCAGUACCAACGAUGACAUCGAAGACUCUCCGGCCAAUGCCAGGAAUGACAGAACACAUUUACUCUGCGUCUCGAUGCCUUCGGAUGAUACCUAUCGCACCCAUUCGAGCAUGUUGUCAAAAUUUCCUCAGUCGGUUUCGAUGAAAUCACUGUUGAGGCUGAUGCAACAUGAUGAACCUCGAUCACGGAACAAUGAGCGAGACCUGGGAACUUUAGACUCGCGACCAACCAAAGGUAGGAUGGAUCAGAUUGAUUUCGCACAAAGUUCUGCUACUACGUUUCCCAAGGCAUCCGUGCAUUUUGAUAGACAACCUCGGCAUCAAUAUUCGCCACAGCCAUCGGAUACAAAAUUUAAGAAGUUCUUUCAGAAGGUCGACCAAGAAAUACAUGCGCUUUCUUCGAAGUAUUCAUACAAUGAUGUUCCUUUGAGCCGAAAGGGCCUGUUGAAGGCGAACAUGCAGAGUGCAACACUUUCUCAGAUCAUGAAUCGAGUUGGACUAGAACAAAAGAAAAUUCCUGGCUCAAACUUGCUUCAUACCCUUCUUACAUCCGAAGACUCGCGUUUUGACGAAUUAUUGCAGAAUGAAACCAGGCAGGUUUGUGAACAGCUCCAUGGCUUGCCUCAACUUGUAGGAGUUUUUGAUUCGCUUGUGGAAAAACUGAAGCUCCAAAACCGCACGCUUGAGCAUGAUUCUCAGACUUCACGAGAAAAAGAAAUUACACAUUUGGAAGAUGUCGACGACUCUUUGCGAUACUAUCGCUCUGAACUGGAAGCGAAUGGAGUUUUGAGAAGUGAGGUCCAGUACCUCCAACAUACUUUCAAGAAAGCAGAUCAGCUCAAGAGCAGUGAACAGGAGCUCCAAAGAGAUAGAGACAUUUCAUCACAGAUCCUUUCCUUGAUUCAAAAAUCGAUUUUUGAUGCGGAUAACCAAUCAUUGUCAUGGAUCCCAAAAGCUCAAGGGUUGGCCAGAGAAUUCAAAUCCGAUUUUGAUCUUCCUAAUCCAAGGAAAGCGCUUUUGAGUUUCAAUACAUCGAGAUCAAUUCAAGUUCAACAAAGCCUGCAGGCAGACCUUGAUGAUAUCAACCGAAUUAUCAUCGAGCAUGAAAAUGAGCAUGCAGACCUGCUUGGUGAAGAAUCAAGCUUGCGUAGACAAGUUGAGAAGAGGAAAGAAAAGCUUCGCGAGGUUUUCCCAAUUGCCACGCAUCGUGCCAGGGCAAGGCUGGGACUCAAGGUACUUGUCCUCCUUCAAGAAUUGGAGGCGGCGAAAAAGCUGCGACAUCGAACGCAGCUGAUUAUCGAGUUCUGUCGAGGAAACUCAGUGGAGGUGUCCAGGGAUCCGUUGUCCGCGUCUCCUCAUGGUGGAAAGAAACAUCCUACCAGUACGCAAACAAGUCGGAAGUCUUCAGUAUCCCCCAAAGAGAAGGCUGUAGCAUUGCAAAGACCUCAAUCUGACGCCGAUAUGAGGAUGGAGAAGCAACUUUCAGACGAGAUUAAUGACGACAUUCGAAGUGAGCGCUUGAUAGAGAAGAAAGAAGACUCGGGUAUCGCAUCUGUGGCCUCGAUGAUCAUCGAUAAGCCAUAA